CACUGUCGGGAUUUACCUGUAAAAUUCCAUAUUGGCUACUUUCGGUUUAAUUGCCUUUAACUUGUUUUUCAAUUUCAUUUAGAAUUGAUUUAAGAUAAUGGUUAUUAUGGUAAAGAGAGUGAUAGUGUUCUGUUCUGAUGCUUUGGGCUAUUGUGUUUGCGUCGGAGGAUGCGUGUGAGAGACCCAAGGAGGGAGAGAAGGCAUGUGGCUCUUCGGACACUUCUGACCAGAACAACAACACACCCGAGGAAAGUGGUGUUUGGGACUCGGUGAAGAAAGGACUUCACAGUGUCAAAGUUUCCAAGUAUGAUGCAACUGAACUCGAGAGGCAACUUCAUGGUGAGCUGUUUGACAGUUGGAAAGAGUCAUGCGAAGUUAUGAAAACGUCUAAAAUUCGAGUAGAAAAUCUCCAAGCCUACCUCGAUCAUCUAACAGAUACUUAUGAAGGAAUUGGCAAGGACACAAGAAAGAAAAUGAACGGCGUGUUGUUUUCUGAUGGUAGCUGGGAACACAAAGUGGUAGAUUGGAACUUUUCACCAGGAAAAACAAGCGGCUCUAGGUACGGUAUGCUUGCAUUUGGCAAAUCUGCUGAUGCUAAAUACGUAGAUGCCAUGUUUGUGAUGUACAAAAUGGAUUUCAAAAUCUCCCCUAAAGUCAUCGUCACUGAAAAGCAAAACUCUGCGCUCUUUGGUUUCAUCAAGUGGACUUCAAAAGAGGAGCACCUUGAAGAAACCAAACUUGGCCCAGGAACAAUUAAGAGAUUGCAGAAUUUCUUUCGUGUUAAAGCUCUAGAAGGAUUUUACAACGAAGGAAUCAUCGAUGAGAUUAAUUAUACUGCUACGCUGGACGAAAAUUCAAACAGCUAAAAUGUUAUGAUUAGAGCUUUAGCUCAUGACUAAAUACCAGCUUUCAAUGAAAAUCAGUUUGUGAAAUAUACCUGGAAUAAUAUUUGAUUUACAAAAUAGGUGCAAGUAAAGUUAAAAGUAAGAGUGCGUUGUAUUUUGCGUAUUUUAACAGUAAAGACACGUAUAAAACACGGAUAUGAAGGGGGAAAACUCCGAUAAACUGGAAAACUCCUGGCAGUUAUAGGCUCGAUCUCAUUAAUUGGAACUAGAUUGCAUAAUAAUUCUAAAAAAACGGUUCUACAGGGGAGGGAAUGGCUUAAUGGUGAGUUUGUGAGUGAGUAAGUUGGUGGGUGGGUGCGUGGGUUGCGGGUGGGCAGGCGAUCGAUCGAGCGAUUAUCCAAUAGAAGGCAUAAAGCCAUUCAGCACUAUCACAGUGCUUUCAUUUUUUGUAUCGGGAUUACUUUCUCCGGCGUCUUCGUCAUCGUCGAAAGUUUGUUUCCGAUCAAGAACUAGUCAAUGGCUUUGUUUAACCUUUUGAGUCAGGAGUUAAACAUUGUAUGCACGUUUGUACUUUGGUCAGUAGGUCAAAGGUAAUGGAGACCUUGUUAAGAAAAUCGGAUUCCACUCAAUAUUAUGAAAAUUAAGUGUUGCCAAGCAUUUAAACACUGACUGUGCGUUAGUAAUGACCACUAGAUAACUCAUAUAUGCAUUCGGGAGCGGACAAGGAAACUUUUAUUAAAAUACUUUAUCGGACUGGUUAGUCAAUGACCCUUAUUGACUCUGGGAUCAGUAGGUCAAGGGUCAAGGUGGCACCCUUCAAUCUUUAAAUGCACGUUUGCCAUGGUGAGUUGAUGUCCCCUGUUGAUUUUGGAGUCAGAAGGUCAAAGGACGAGGUUGAGAUAAAUUGAGUUCGAUCAAUAACGUGUGUAUGCCAUGUUCAAACGUUGUAUGAUUAUCUGCAUGGUCAGUAGAUGAUUUCUAUUAAUUAUUGGGUCAGUAGGUCAACGGUCAUAGUGAGCCUUUUUUUUUAAAAAAACCCAGAUUUUUCCUUGAUAUAUCCAAGACAUUUGACCAUAAGAUCCUCAAUCGUAGCAUGGCUAUUAGAUGACACAAAUCUGUUUUGAGGUUGCGGUUUUAUUUUGGUUUGACAACAUCGAGCGCUGCCGAAAGGCAACGCAUUCAAUCCGCAGGAUCCCAGUUUCCUUAGUGUCUUAAUAGUUUUGCAGUUUUAUUCUUACUGUUGUUUCGUUUUGAUAUAUUAUUGAUGCACCGUUCAACUGUCUGUCUGAAAAAAUGUUUCACAUUCUGGGUAAAUAUCACACAGCUCAUAACUGAUAUUUAAUGAUUGUGUGUGUUAUGAUUGUACAUGUAGUUGGAAUUUAGAAAUUGAUAAUAAUUUCCAAAAAUGAGAACACUAUUGUA